AUGUAUAAUAUCAUACUAGCACUGAGGUGGUGCUAUAAAGUUCCAGUCCAAGUCGCCUACCUCGAACUUGUGCGCAGCGAGCGUCGGAGUCCAGCUUGGCUAAUGAGGAUAAUCACGGACAUGCAACUCGCCAUUUUUGCCAACAUGCUGGGCAUGUUUCUCUUCUUGCUGGUCGUUCUCUAUCACUAUGUGGCCAUCAACAAUCCCAAGAAUCAGGAAUGA